UGCUGGCAGUGCGCCUGCGCCGCGCCGGAAGCAUUUCGACGUGGUUACUGGGCGCCUCUUUGCGCGCGGGAAGAUGGCCGAGCAGGUGACUAAGUCGGUGCUGUUCGUGUGUCUGGGUAACAUCUGUCGAUCACCCAUCGCAGAAGCGGUUUUCAGAAAACUCGUAACUGAUCAAAACGUUUCAGAUAAUUGGGUCAUUGACAGCAGCGCUGUUUCUGAUUGGAACGUGGGCCGGUCACCAGAUCCAAGAGCUGUGAGCUGCCUAAGACAUCAUGGCAUUAACACAGGCCAUAAAGCAAGACAGAUUACCAAAGAAGACUUUGCCACUUUUGAUUACAUACUGUGUAUGGAUGAAAGCAACCUGAGAGAUUUGAAUAGAAAAGGUAAUCAAGUUAAAAACCGCAGAGCGAAAAUUGAGCUACUUGGGAGCUACGAUCCACAAAAACAGCUCAUUAUCGAGGACCCCUAUUAUGGCAACGACUCCGACUUCGAGGCCGUCUACCAGCAGUGUGUGCGGUGCUGCAGAGCCUUCCUCGAGAAGGUGCACUGAGCCGGCCGCCUCCCGCCGAGGCCCCUUCUCAGUCCAGUGGCACGGCGAGCUGCCCCCAGCGCAGGGUCACAGCCCUUUCCUCUGUCGACUCGCUGUUUCUUACCCUAAAAGACCUUUGUAGAUGGACAUCAGCUGUGUUUUACAGAAACGAGUAAAUAAAAUUUUUGAUCGAG